AUGCAGAGACUCACGGCUAAAAGAACAGUCCACAACGUUUCCCUUUCCCUCUCGCGACGAUGCAUCUCCUUCUCCUCCUCCACGUCUCAGACGGCAACGGCAGCUCCCGUCGACGAGUUUCUCGGUAAGCUUCCGCCGUUCGGUUACACACCGCCGCCGUACACAGGCCCCUCCGCCGACGCCAUCAUUAACACAAGGAAAGAGUUUCUCAGUCCUUCCAAUUCCAUGUUCUGCCUCUACAAAAACCCGUUGAACAUAGUGGAUGGGAGGAUGCAGUAUCUUUUCGACGAGAGUGGGAGGAGAUACUUGGAUGCAUUUGCUGGUAUUGCGGUUGUGAACUGUGGGCAUUGUCACCCUAGUGUGGUUGAGCCUGUUAUUAACCAAAUCAAGAAGCUACAGCAUCCUACUGUUAUGUACCUUAACCAUGCUAUUGCUGAGUUAUCUGAGGCUCUCGCUUCUAAACUCCCUGGUGAUCUCAAGGUGGUGUUCUUCACUAACUCUGGUACGGAGGCUAAUGAACUAGCACUCAUGAUGGCUAAGUUGUACACUGGAUGUCAAGACAUUGUGUCGGUUCGAAAUGGGUAUCAUGGGAAUGCGGCUGGGACUAUGGGGGCUACUGCUCAUAGCACGUGGAAGUUCAACAACGUGGUUCAGACUGGAACUCAUCACGCUUUAAACCCGGAUCCAUACCGAGGUGUGUUUGGUUCUGAUGGUGAGAAGUAUGCAAGAGAUGUGCAAGAUCUCAUUCAAUAUGGCACUUCAGGACACAUAGCUGGUUUUAUUUGUGAAGUUAUACAGGGAGUUGGAGGGAUUGUGGAGCUAGCACCAGGCUAUCUAUCAGCAGCUUAUGAUAUUGUGAAGAAAGCUGGAGGACUGUUCAUUGCGGAUGAAGUUCAGUCUGGAUUCGCUCGCACUGGCGAUUUCUGGGGGUUUGAGGCUCACAAUGUUGUCCCUGACAUUGUUACCAUGGCUAAGGGGAUUGGGAAUGGGUUUCCUUUGGGAGCUGUUGUGACAACUCCGGAGAUUGCAGGAGUGUUGACACGCAGAUGCUACUUCAACACCUUUGGUGGGAACGCUGUGGCUGCUACAGCUGGUCUAGCUGUUCUGAAUGUGAUUGAGAAAGACAAGCUUCAGGUGAAUGCGUCCAUGGUUGGGUCUUACCUCAAGGGAAGACUCAGUCAGCUUAAAGAGAAACAUGAAAUUAUUGGGGAUGUUCGGGGAAGAGGGCUGAUGCUUGGAGUAGAGCUGGUGAGUGAUCGCAAUCUUAAGACUCCUGCAACCGCAGAGACUUUGCACAUCAUGGAUCAAAUGAAAGAACUGGGUGUGUUGGUCGGUAAAGGAGGCUACUUUGGAAACGUUUUUAGAAUCACACCACCUCUCUGCUUCACUAAGGACGACGCAGAUUAUCUCGUGGAAGCUAUGGACUACUCAAUGUCCAGGAUGUGAAGAAAACACACUAUUAAAAUGGCAGAUUAAUAAGUUGUGCUUGGAACAACCAAAAUGAUUGAUGAG